AUGUUUUGGCACUACAAACACUUCGUCAUCGCCUCAUUGAUAGGUGCCGUAACAGCUCAUCAGAAAUUCCAGCAAUUCUGGGUGAACGAUGUCAGUCCCGGCUACGAAAUCGCUAUCCGCAUGCCUCCCACAAACAACCCAGUUGUACGUUCUCAUUGAUCCCUUUCCGCAUCUGACAAUAUAACCAACCUAUAUUUCCAGACCGACUUAAAAAGCAAAGACUUGGCUUGCAACGUAAACGGUAGCACCAUCCCAUCAGGCAUCACUACCUUCCCCGCUCAGUCCGGCGAUAGAAUCAAAGUCCAAUGGGAUAUCACCGAUCAUCCCGGACCUAUCCAGCACUUCCUUCUCGGACCGGUCGGGGAUGCUGCUAUGGCUACGGGUGUGGGUGAUUGGUUUAAGAUCGAUGAGUUUAGUCAAAAGGAUGGGAAGUGGGCGGGGGAGAUUAUGAGGACCACGAAUGGGACGUAUGAGUUUACGUUGCCAAACGAGUUGGUGGGUGGUGAGUAUUUGCUCAGGAGUGAGAUGAUUGCUUUGCACGGGGCGAAGAAGAAGGGAGGCGGACAGUUGUUAGUUUCCCCUUUUCUGAUACUUUCUUUUUUAUUAGCAGUUGCUGGGGGUGGAGAUUGAUGAAAGCUGAUCUUUCGAGUAGUUAUAUGGGCUGUGCACAGUUGAAUAUUACUGGUACGGAAGCGACGUCUACUUCAACUUGUGGGCCCAAGAUUGCGUUCCCGGGUGCGUUUCACGAGGAUGAUCCGAGUAUUCUUAUUCCGGAUUUCUAUUAUGGUUUUGAUAUAAAGACUUAUACUGGGCCUGGAGGAGCGGUUGCUACUUGUGGACCUAAAUCUGCAUCUGCGUCAAGUCCUAGUUCUACUUUGGUCACUUCCGUGGUUGUUUCUACUAGUGCAGUAACUUCAUCUUCAUCCGGGGCCGUGAAGACUUUGACAAGUGCUUCUAGCAGUGAGGCCGUGAGCGGGAAGAGUGGUAUGGGUCUUACUACGUUGGUUACUGUGUCGAGUCCAGCGCCUGCGAUGAGUUUCAUUGCUGUGCCUCUUGAGAACGAGGAGGAGUGUUAGAUGGUGAUUGCAUGCUUUUUGAAGAUGCCGUGCGAAGAAUUUCUAUUCUUGUAUAUACUUAUAUAUUCUUUCGUGUAGAUAUUUCUUUCAAAUGGGAUUUUAAGUUUUCUUAUAUUAUGGUUGACAA